CCCACUACUCUACUAGACAGCCAUUUCUUCCCGCCUUCCCGUCCCAAGGUACACUCACAUCUCCCGGCGCGCACUCCGUUAAUCGGCAGCUAAUAUAUUUCAAACGUUGAGCUCGCCGUCAAAAGGGCCGGACAGGUACUCAGGCGAAGCUAUAUAACAGCCACCGGCUUCCCAAGGCGACGGCAACGUUGACGCAAAACAACGCCCAAGAUGCCUGCCCUCGAACUGAUCGACCACUCGCCCAGCAAUCCGACACCCUCUCCGCCGAUACCCACCGCCUCCAACGUUGUACUCAUUGACAAUUACGACUCGUUCACCUGGAAUGUGUACCAAUACCUUGUCUUCGAAGGCGCAAAAGUGACCGUAUACCGAAAUGACGAGAUCACCCUCGAAGAUCUCAUCGCGAAAAACCCUACACAACUGGUAAUCAGCCCAGGUCCAGGACACCCCGAGAAGGAUGCAGGCAUUAGCAAUGCGGCCAUCAAGCACUACAGCGGCAAGAUCCCGAUUUUUGGCGUGUGCAUGGGAGAACAGUGCAUAUUCUACAGCUACGGCGGUACUGUAGACGUCACAGGCCAGGUCCUACACGGAAAAACGUCGCCUCUCAAGCACGACGGCAAGGGUGUCUUUGCAGGCGUCUCACAGAAUGUCCCCGUUACGCGCUACCAUUCGCUCGCCGGCACCCACGGUACUCUGCCAGAUUGUCUCGAGGUGACUGCGACCAUACCCGCGAACGAAGAUGCCGAAGUCAAGGAAGUUAUUAUGGGUGUGCGACACAAGGAAUACGUCAUGGAAGGGGUACAGUUCCACCCUGAGAGCAUCUUGACAGAGGAUGGUCGCCUCAUGGUGAGGAACUUCCUGAAGAUGCAGGGAGGUACCUGGGUCGAAAACGAGCGACUACAGAAAGAAGCGCAUGCUCAAGCUGUUGGGGCUGGUUCCAACGGCACAGCAAAUGGCGCAAAGAAGGACAAGCAGACAUCCAUACUGGAGAAGAUCUACGACCACCGCAGGGCCUGCGUCGCAGAACAGAAGAAGAUACCGUCCCAACGACCCAGCGAUCUACAGGCUGCAUAUGAUCUCAACCUGGCGCCUCCUCAGAUCAACUUUCCAGAACGUCUCAGGCAAUCGCCGUUCCGACUGUCGCUCAUGGCCGAAAUCAAACGUGCGUCUCCCUCCAAAGGCAUAAUCUCCCUCUCCGCAUGCGCCCCCGCUCAAGCAAGGCUGUACGCAAAGGCCGGCGCAAGCACGAUAUCCGUACUUACUGAACCGGAAUGGUUCAAGGGCAGCAUCGACGACCUCAAAGCGGUUCGCCAAAGCUUGGAAGGCAUGCCGAACCGUCCCGCCGUCCUGCGCAAGGAAUUCAUCUUCGAGGAAUACCAGAUCCUGGAAGCUAGGCUCGCGGGUGCCGAUACUGUAUUGCUGAUCGUCAAGAUGCUGGACGAAGCAGUUUUGAAGAAACUCUACGACUACUCUCGAUCACUUGGAAUGGAGCCCCUAGUCGAGGUCCAGAACGCGGACGAGACGGAGAUUGCGGUCAAGCUGGGCGCCCAGGUUAUUGGUGUGAACAACCGUAAUCUUGUGAACUUCGAGGUCGACAUGGAGACCACCAACCGUCUAAUCAACAUGGUUCCAAAAGAGACAAUCUUGUGUGCGCUAAGCGGUAUUGCCGGACCCAAGGAUGUCGAACCGUAUAUCAAGAGUGGAGUUGGCGCAGUUUUGGUGGGCGAAGCGCUAAUGCGCGCAUCAGACACCGCUCAGUUCAUCGCGGAGCUUCUGGGUGGCUCGUCUACCAAGAAGACGGGAACAACCUCUAGCCCGAUGGUGAAGAUCUGCGGAACUCGCAGUGCCGAGGCUGCAAGAGCCGCAAUCGAGGCAGGAGCUGACCUCAUCGGCAUGAUUCUCGCGCCAGGAACCAAGCGAACAGUCACAGCUGAGACAGCCCUGGAAAUCUCGGAAACAGUACACAAGACCAGAAAGCCUGUAGUCUCGAAAUCCGGGCUACUUGCUGAAUCAAAGUCUGCCACCGAUUUCUUUGAGCACGGCGCAGCACGACUGGUGUCAAGUGACAGUCACGCGCUUCUCGUAGGCGUGUUCCGAAAUCAGUCACUAGAGUAUGUGCUUGAACAGCAGCGAUUGCUAAAUCUAGACGUCGUGCAAUUCCAUGGUCAAGAGCCAUUAGAGUGGGCAAAGCUUGUUCCUGUCCCUGUCUUGAGAGCCUUCAACCCGCACAAUCUUGGCAUUGGCUCGAGGGGGUAUCACGCCCUACCACUUCUGGAUGCAGGAUCCGGCGGCUCGGGUCAGCAGUUGGAUCUUUCAGAUGUGAAGGCAGUAUUCGCGAAAGACGAUGGUAUCAAGGUCAUAUUAGCGGGAGGACUAAACCCUGAGAACGUCCAACCUACGCUCGCUGGUCUCGAUGAGUACCGGGACCGCGUGCAUGCUGUAGACGUCAGCAGCGGUGUGGAAGAAGAUGGCCAGCAAAGUCCGGAUAAGAUACGGGCAUUCAUCAAGGCGGCCAAGAAUCAGUAGUGGCUGUUCAGAAUACGACUACCAGAGCUGAAGGUUAUCUUCGGAAUUAUCAAAUGUAACACAAAUGGCCCAGUACCCAUCUGAUCUUUCUUUGAACACCCUGUUUAGUUCCCCAUGUCUUACGCGUCAGGCAGCUCAGUAUUUCGAUAAUAGUGGUUUGUGUCGCCGCACAUAGCGGCCUGGAGUCGCGUCUCUUACCUCUUGAUCGCAGCCGCACGGCCCCGGCAAACGCUAUAUCACUUCGACCAGUGCCUACCACCACAAGGUAAGACCGACGUGGGUCUCGCCAGUUUGAGACCCUCGAUCUGGGCACAAUAAGCCCUCAAUUACAUCGUCAAUCAAGGUUAGACACUAUCACUCCUACACUCUACGUUUUGACUACUGCACCUCUACAAUGGGUGUGUUGGACAAGCUUACUAUUGCCGUUGUCGGUACCCAUCCCCACGAUGCC